AUGUUUUGGUCAGCGUGUUUCACUAACUACGGACGUGGUGGAACUACAGUGGCCAGGGUGACUCCAGGAUUUAAACCCCAAGAAAAGCUAAUUCUAUAUUUGACGUAUAACAGAUUUGCAGCAAUUAUCAUGACAAUCUUACUGAUCAGCAUUUGUUUAAUGGCAUUAGUUCGAUACGGCAUCUCACACAGGCGGAGAAAGAUGAAGGACCAGGAGGCACUGGAAGACGAACAAAGGAUAAUGAAGUGGGGCGCCAUCAGUGAUAACGCGAUCCUAUGUGCCUCCACCGGCAGUGGACCUCGACUUACCACCAGCUCAUUCUCUGGACGACAGAUCUACAAAUUACCUGUACUGAUACAACACCAGACGAACAGAACAAUGAGUCUACCUUAUGCAUCCAGUGCCAGUGCACAACAGGCUACAUUAAUGCAGCCGUUUUCUGAAUGCUCAAAAUAA